GCCACCGCACCUACAUCCCAACCCUCUUCUGACCAUCCCUCCUCCCUCCUCCCUCCUCUCUCCGGGUUUCCGAUUUCCCGGCCACCGCCCUCCUCUCUCUAUUUAACUAGUAGUAUUACCCACAUCUCUCUCGCCCUCCUCGUCUUCUCUCUCUCUCUAACCCAUCAACGGUGCCUUCUCAUCAUCAUCAACCCCCCUCCCUAACCCCCUCCGGAUUCAAGAAGCAGGGGCUCCGGCGAUGAUGUCUUCGCCCGCCUCUUCGCCGCCUCCUUGGAUCCCGACUUCGCCCCUCUCUCCCCCGAACCGCGGAUCCUCAAGUCCCGCCUCGUCGCCGGCGAGACCCUCUACGGCCUCUUCCUCCUGCGCUCCUCCCCGACCCUCGCCGAGAUCGCCGGCCUCGCCGGCUACGACUACGUGGUCGUCGACAUGGAGCACUGCUCUGGCGGCAUCGCCGAGGCCCUCCCCUGCCUCCGCGCCCUCGCCGCCGCCCGCACCCCAGCCAUCUUCUUCUUCCUCCUUAGCAUAUUUUUCUCUUUCUUUCUUUUCUUUUCUUCUUCAUUUUUUGUUCCCCAGAUUGGGCAAGCGGCACCUGUUUUAGGUUUAUAUGAAGAGGACUGUGAUGAUUCCUAGGCAAGGGUCUUGCUGCAUUGCGAAGUAGAAAUGGCUAAGGCAAUCUUGGAAGUUCUGCUGCUACCAUUCUACAGGCAACUUAUGCAGCCGCUUAGGCUUGUAGUUUCAGAGACUUGAAUGCUAACUCAAUGCUGGAUUAAGUGGUGAAUCUGAGCCUCUUUCUCCCCUUCUUUGCUUUGAAAUUCCUUUUUGUUUCUGUUCAAAGAUUCAGCUUUUUCAUGGUUUUUCUAAUGUCUUUACUAUAAUUAAUUUCUUCAGAUUAUUUGUUCUUUGUCUCCCCCACAGUUAAUACAAUUUUGAGACCUUUGGAAGAUUGGGGUGGGGAUCUUGCAUUGAUGGUUGCUCAGGUUGUGAGAACCCAAAUUUCAUAUCUUCUAUUUUGUUUGUUCAAGAUUGGGGAUUGUAUGCUGGGAUUAGGGUUUAUUACAUUUUUAAAGGUUUUGAAUCUACUCCCUUGUAGCCACAUAUUUUCAAUUUUUUCACUCAUAUUUUCUGGUUCUUUUUUUUAACUUCAAUAGCAAAGGUUUUGCUCCUGUAGAGAUUCCUCUUUCCUGGCCUACUAUCUAUUCUCUUCCUUCUUUUUAUGACCAAUGAUUAAGACAACUGGAAAAAUAUCUAACGCUAUCUUUUAGAUGUAUGUUGCUGUACAAUCCUGUUCAGUUAGCAGAUUUCUCCGGCACUGCCCUUCUAAUGCCACUAGCUGAGGAGCUGAUCAGGCUUUGUGCAAAAUAUGUUGCUGUACAUAUUUUGCAGCUGCUUCAGCAAGCCGGGGAUGGAUGGUAUACUACUCGGCAUCUGUUUGAUAUUCUGCAUCAUUCUCAUCCUUUCAGGUACAUAUUAUGACCUAAUCGCUCCUCUUUCUUUUUCUGAUACCUAAUCCUCUUUCUUGGUGAUUGCAGGUGCUUCCUGGAUAGUUUAAUAUCCAGUCAAGAAGACUGCAAUGGCUUUAGGAGAAGCCCUGUUUGAUGAAGAGCUCGGCAAACCUAUAGGGCAGAUUGUUGCCGUAUGCGGCCGCAACCAGAUACUGAGUUCCACAUUGCAGUCAAUUAAGUGGAGGGUCCCUGUGAAGAUUAGAGGAUUUGAGACCCAGAUGGAGAAAUGGAUGGGUGCUUGUGAUUGUAUCAUAACAAAGGCAGGGCCUGGUACAAUUGCUGAGGCAUUGAUCAGGGGACUUCCUAUCAUCCUCAAUGACUUCAUACCUGGACAGGUUUGAAUGCAAGUACUAGUCUACGGAUAAAUCUAUGAGGGUGGAUGCAUGAUAUUAAUAGGGAUGAAUCAAUCAUAUGUUCAUGGAAAUUCUUCUCUGGAUCUUCUAUAAUAUGGCCCUUUCAACUGGAGCUGUGGUAUCUUGUCAUAAGGAUGGUUCCAGACUGGAGGUUUUGUUGUUUUGUGCUACAGUAUUAGCCAGUUUGCUUGCUGGUUGCCUUAUGUAUAUUUGUGCGUAUAUUAUCACAAAGCUGAUGAGCUGAUUCAAGGAGCUAAAUGAACAAGCUCAAAAGCUUAUGGGCAUAUUCGUUUGCUGCAUGUAUGAUUUAAAGUUCUUCUGAAACUAGUUUCAUGAGAUUCAGGCACAAAA